CCAACCCCUUUCUCUCUCUCUCAAUUCUGAAAAAACCCUAAUCCUCUUCGAUAUCCCAGAGGCCCAUCAGCCACCGUCGCCGAUUUCCCAGCCACCAUCGCCGAUACCUUUCUCCUCGGGUGGAGGUGUGGAACUGACCGCCCAGUCACCAUCGUUCCUCUUCUCCUCGCCGUCGAGCUCUCUCUUCUCCUCGCCGUCGCCGUCGAGCUCUCUCUUCUCCUCGCCGUCGCCGUCGAGCUCUCUCUUCUCCUCGCCGUCGCCGUCGAGCUCUCUUUUCUCCUUGCCGUCGAUCUCUCUCUUCUCCUCACCGUCGCCGUCGAGCUCGCUCUCUGUCUCUGUCGCUGUUGAGCUCGCUGUCUGUUUCCUCUCUGUCUCUCUGUCUCUCUGUCGCUGUAGAGCUCGCUGUCUGUUUCUUCUCCUCCGUGAACCAGUUGCCUUACCGGUUCAUUGACCGGUCCGGUUUUUGCAACCUUGAUAAAGAGAAAGUGGUGGCAAGAUGAGGAUUAUGAUAAAGGGCGGUGUUUGGAAGAACACCGAAGAUGAGAUCCUGAAAGCAGCUGUUAUGAAAUAUGGCAAGAACCAAUGGGCUCGAAUCUCUUCCCUUUUGGUUCGUAAAUCUGCUAAGCAAUGCAAGGCUCGCUGGUACGAAUGGCUCGAUCCUUCCAUCAAGAAGACUGAGUGGACUAGAGAAGAGGAUGAGAAGCUGCUUCAUCUUGCUAAGCUUAUGCCCACGCAGUGGAGAACGAUUGCUCCUAUUGUAGGACGUACUCCUUCUCAGUGUCUUGAGCGCUACGAGAAGCUCCUUGACGCAGCCUGUGUUAAAGAUGAGAACUAUGAACCCGGCGAUGAUCCUCGGAAGUUGCGUCCUGGGGAGAUUGAUCCAAAUCCAGAGUCAAAACCUGCACGCCCAGAUCCUGUUGAUAUGGAUGAAGAUGAAAAGGAGAUGCUUUCCGAAGCACGAGCCCGAUUAGCGAACACAAAAGGAAAGAAGGCGAAAAGGAAAGCGAGGGAGAAACAGCUUGAGGAAGCCAGAAGACUUGCUUCUUUACAAAAGAAGAGAGAAUUGAAGGCUGCGGGAAUUGAUGUCAGGCAUCGAAGGAGAAAAAGGAAAGGCAUUGACUAUAAUGCAGAAAUCCCUUUUGAGAAAAGGCCUCCUCCUGGUUUUUUUGACGUUGCUGAUGAAGACAGACCCGUGGAACAGCCCCAGUUCCCUACUACAAUAGAAGAACUUGAGGGUAAAAGAAGGAUUGAUGUUGAGACACAGUUAAGAAAGCAAGACAUUGCAAAAAAUAAAAUUGCACAGAGGCAAGAUGCCCCAUCUGCUAUACUACAUGCCAAUAAGUUGAAUGAUCCGGAAACAGUACGGAAACAAACCAAACUGAUGCUUCCGCCACCCCAGAUUUCUGACCAGGAACUGGAUGAAAUUGCAAGGAUGGGUUAUGCCAAUGACCUAGCUGAGAGUGAUGAGUUUGGAGAAGGUAGUGCUGCAACACGUGCUCUUCUAGCGAAUUAUGCACAAACACCUGGCCGGGGAAUGACUCCUUUACGAACCCCUCAGCGAUCACCGGCUAGUAAAGGAGACGCUGUCAUGAUGGAAGCUGAAAACCUGGCGAGGUUGAGGGAGUCCCAGACACCAUUAUUAGGGGGAGAAAACCCAGAGUUGCAUCCUUCAGAUUUUACUGGGGUCACUCCCAAGAGAAAAGAGGUUCAGACCCCAAAUCCAAUGUUGACUCCCUCUGCAACUCCUGGAGUUGCAGGUCUCACUCCCAGAAUUGGCAUGACACCUGCAAGAGAUGGUUAUGCUAGCAUGACACCUAAGGGAACUCCUCUCAGGGAUGAGCUUCAUAUUAAUGAGGAUGUGGAUAUGCAUGAGCGCGCUAAACUUGAGCUACAAAGAGCUGAAAUAAGACGAAGUCUGCGCUCUGGUUUAGGAAGCCUUCCACAGCCCAAAAAUGAGUACCAGAUUGUCAUGCAGCCCAUUCCAGAAGAUGCUGAAGAACCUGAGGAGAAGAUUGAAGAGGAUAUGUCAGAUAGAAUAGCUAGAGAAAUGGCAGAAGAAGAGGCAAGGCAACAGGCGUUACUUAGGAAACGAUCAAAAGUCCUUCAAAGGGAGCUUCCUCGGCCUCCAGCUGCAUCGUUGGAGCUUAUAAGAAAUUCUGUGAUCAGAGCUGAUGGGGACAAGAGUUCCUUUGUUCCACCAACCUCAAUUGAGCAAGCUGAUGAGAUGAUAAGAAGGGAGCUUCUUGCUUUGCUGGAGCAUGACAAUGCUAAGUAUCCGCUUGAUGAGAAAGUAAAUAAGGAGAAAAAGAAAGGAGCUAAGCGUGUGGUGAAUGAGCCUGUUGUUCCUGUUAUAGAAGAAUUUCAUGAAGAGGAGAUGAAAGAUGAAAAAGAAAUACCAAAAAGCGAGGAGGGGACCAGGGUUCCCAUAUACAAAAGCAAAACACAAACAAAGGCCUAUCUAAAAUGUAAAGCUCUCCAAUCUCUCAACAUGUGCGAGAGGGAAAGACCUCUAAAAAGAUCUUCAGCUUUACACCAGGAUGCUAAGUGUCUAGUCCUAUCCCAUAAGAUAUGUUUAUCAGAGAAUCUGUCACUAAAGGCUGAUAAGUUGAUAAAGGAUGAGGCCCAUUAUCUUCGGGUAGCACUGGGACAUGAAAGUGAACCCCUUGAGGAAUUCAUUGAAGCACACAGGACUGGCCUGAAUGAUCUCAUGUUCUUUCCAACCCGUAAUGCCUAUGGUCUCUCAAGUGUUGCUGGAAACAUGGAAAAGCUGGCAGCUUUGCAGAACGAGUUUGAGAAUGUGAGGAAAAAGUUGGACCAAGGCAAGGAGAAAGUUGUAAAGCUCGAGAAGAAGGCAAUACUCCUCACUCAAGGCUAUGAGAUGAGAGCCAAAAACAGUCUUUGGCCACAAAUUGAGGCCACUUCCAAGCAAAUGGACAUAGCUGCAACCGAAUUAGAAUGCUUUGAAGCUUUGCAAAAGCAGGAGAAGUUAGCAGCAUCCCACAGGAUAAACAAUCUAUGGGAGGAAGUACAGAAGCAAAAGGAACUUGAGAGAACUUUGCAAUACAAGUAUGGGAGUCUUAUGGAAGAAGUGGAAAGGAUACAAAAUGUCAUGGAACAGUACAGGGUACAAGCACAAAAGCAAGAAGAAAUCGAAGCAAACAAUCGUGCUCACGAGUCAACAGAGACUGUUGCUGACAAAACUGGUGCACAGGAUUCAGAGAGUUUUAAAGCUGCUCCUCUCACUGAAGAAAAUGAAACUGCUAUAGCAACUGCUUUGUCUCAUGAUGAAAGUGAAGCGGGCACUGUGCGAGACCAGACUACCGCUAGCCAGAAAAAUGACGUGGAUGUGGAUUCUGAUGAUAUAAAGCAAACAGAUGACCCUAAUGCAAAACCGCCAGAUGCUGCACUUGCUGCCAAGGCUGACGCCGGAAAAGUGGAAGGUACCAUCACUGAUGGUCACAUUGAUAACGGUAAGACAGCAUUAGACUAGGGUGCUACAAUAGGAAAUGAGGUGGAGAAAGAUUUAGCUAUGGGUGCUGAAAAUUCACGAUAGGUGAUAGCACACCAGAAAAA